UUUUUUUUUUUCAAUUCCCUUUUUCUUUCUUUUCCUUUUUCUCCCUCCUAUAAUCCCCCUAUUGUCUAUACACUUUUAUCUCGCCAACCACAUUAUCGACUUUAUUUACUUAGUUCCAUCUAUCUUGCUAAAUUAAGAGUCGAUUGCAUAUUCUUAAUAUUGCUUUAAAUAGUUCUUGAACUGGUCACGUGUAGCCCAAGCCGAGCACAUCUAUAAUAUUCAUGUCACGCCUGCUCUUGCUCUGUGAAGUCGGCGACUUCCGUUAUUCUUGAUCCGGGCUACUUGCGUGCCUUCUCAGUCAUAAUCCAACCAUCGGUACUGCCAAGUCAGGUUAAUAUACAACCUGUUCUCCUCUUGCCGCCACUGCCCUUCUUCUCAUAACGGUACUCACGAUAUAACAUAUUAUCCUCUUCCUUAUUCCGUAAUGUCUCGGCAGCGCCCAUCUUUCGUCCAGCGCUUCGUGCCUGACAUCGCCCGAAUCUUUGAGUUCCCUAACGGCGCCAUGUCUGCUGCCAAUGGAUCCCUGGAUCCUCGCUCUCUCAACUACGAGAGUAGCAAUCUGAACGAGAUAACACGCCGCCAGAUGAACGAGGACAUCAGUGCAUACCGCUACGACUUGGACUUCUGCCGAAAUCAGCUCGCUUCUGCCGAUCUCACCCCCCAGGAGGUAAGAACCCUACAGAUACGCGUUCUAGACUGCGGCCACAACAUCCGUAGUUGCCAGCACAGGAUUCAACAGCUAGACGCCCAAGCACGCAACUCGGCCGCCGCUGCUGCCUCGGCUACCCCUACCUAUAAGUCCCAGCAGUAUCGCAAUGCUACGGCCACUCCUGCCUCAACCGCUGGAGUUAAGAGACAGCGUACUACGAAGCCGUUAGACAGUGAUGACGAUGAGAACGUCGAGGCCCAACCGAUUAUGGACUUGAAUGGCUCGGGCACUACUAACUUCCAGCGACUUGGCUUCUGGAAGUGCCGACUCUGCACAUCAGCGAAAUUUCUGGAAGCAGGUGCCAAUCGAGUGCCUAGUGCGCCUUGCAAGUGGCCACUUAAGGAUGUUUCUAAGAUGAUCAACCACUUCCUUGACAUGCAUACCGAGCACACUCCCGGCGAGCGUUGUGAAGAGCUUGGUACCGCCCUUGCAUUCAAUCGGGGUCCCUUUGAGUACUGGCUAGUCCGUACACGAGCGCAGGACUUAGAAGACCAUAGUGUUAUUGAUGAGUUCAUCAACACUCUGCAGUCCGGAUCCAUGCCCGACGCUCUCCGUGGUCUCAGUAGAGCUGCAAGCGCAUUCCCCAAUACCACUCCUGGACGAUGAUCUUCCAAUGGUGUGAGUGCCCAACAACUGGCAGUAUGCAAUAAGAGUCAUCUCCAGUUUAGAUCCAAAGGCUAAAUCGUUGUUUGUGGCACGAUACAUAGAGAGCCUCGUAUUCUGCGAUGAAUUCCAAUCACUCUGGCAUGGCGUUCGGUGUUUUUACAGAUAGAUACUACUUAGACUUCCUAGGAAGCUAGCUUGACAGACCCAAAGUCAAGAUGAUGCCUUAGUCAUGAAAAUGAACCAAACCCACGUUGAUUUUAAAGCAAUGAUAUAUGACAAGUUUUAUGCA